ACAAAAGCGGACAAAAGAAAGAAAAUAUGCACAGUCUGUAGCAAGCGUUUCUGGUCCCUCCAGGAUCUCACAAGACACAUGAGAUCACACACAGGUGAGCGGCCUUACAAAUGUCAGACAUGUGAACGCACUUUUACUCUAAAGCACAGUCUGGUACGCCACCAGCGAAUCCAUCAGAAAAUAAAGGAUAUGAAAGGCCAGUGCAAGGACAGUGAUAAAGAGGAGAAACAGCUUAGGGGUGAGGAGGAAAGUGAAACUGAGUCCCUGCAGAGCAGCACAAAUCAUGUAUCAGAAAAUGAAUGUGACACCAUCAAGUCUUAA